GUUCAAUAGCAGGGCGAUAGUUGUGAAGACGGCGACAUGGAUGUGGGAUUAUGGACAGCGAUUCUGUUUGUCCUGAACGUUGUCUUACUGAUUUUCGUAUUGUUCCGUCGUAGAAGGCGCCCUGGAGAACCACCGAUAGUACCACACACAUACCCAAUUAUAGGUGCUGCUUUGGAGUUUGGAAGAAAUCCUCUGGGUUACCUUAGAAAUUUGCGACAAGAAUACGGAGAUGUGUUUACUGUUGAACUUGCAGGCUGGAAUGUUCAUUUCUUCACAAACCCUGUCGAUGUAAAAUAUCUCGAAAAGAACCGAAUUCUGAAACACGACAAAGUUCUUUAUGAUUUUGCCACUCGGGUAGUGGGAUCGCCCCAUGCCAUUGAUGUAAGCGGAAAACAUAACCCAAGGGGACCUGAAGUGAUGGCAGGAAUGACCAAGGCUAUGAGGGGUUCCACAUCAUUAUCAAAAUUAACAGAAUCGUGCUUGACUAUUACUACUUAUGCUUUUGAACAAGCUUUGAGAAAAGAUGAAAGAUUUAUACAAGAACAACCAAUUGGUUUGUAUGAAUUAGCUGGAAAAAUUAUAUUUGACACAACGCUAUACAUGUUUUUUGGAUAUCACAAGUCUUUGAAGCAGCGAUUAGAAGAGAAAAACAGAUUUUACGACGAUUUUAUGUUUUAUUUUGAAAAAUCUGCUCUUCUAGUCGACAGAGUUUCUAUUAAUUUGUUGCCGAAAGUAAAAGCAGCAAGAAAUCGUCUGCUUGAAGAAAUGAACAACAUUGAAUUCAAAAAUCGUGUCGGCGUUUCUGAACUAAUCAAAUCGAUGAACGAAAUUGAUAAAAACAACGCCGAUGAGAGAGCGAGACAUCUUCUCAUAAUUCUGUGGUCCUCGCAAGCAAACAGUCGUCCUGCAUUAUUUUGGACACUUUUUCACCUGCUGAAACAGCCACAAGCAGUAGCAAAAAUUCUUCAGGAAUACAAUGAAGUCAUGGAAAUGAAUAUGUCGCGACAGAAAAAGAAGACCAACGAAAACAACGCUGAUCGAUCAUUAUUGAGCAAAUGGCUUGGCAUGGACGACAUUAUGGAUUUAAACAGAACGAGUUUGGAUAAAAUGGUGAUUCUCGAUGCAUGCAUAAGAGAAAGUCUUCGACUCGUCGGAUCGAGCAUGAUUGUGAGAGAAGUCGAUAGAAAUGCGAAAGUGACCGUAGCAUCAGGAAACAAAUAUCUUGUACGAAAAGGAGAUUUCACCGCAUUUUUCUCACCGUUAACUCACAUGGAUGAAAUCAUUCACGAAAAUCCAGAGGAAUAUAUGUAUGAACGUCACCUUGUGGAACAAAUAUCUCAUCGGGAUGAGAGCAGUGAGGAUAUCAGUGACGUUUCUUCAAUCUGCAGUACAGACUCGGAAGGAUUGUCGAAGAAAAACAGGCUCAAAGCAAAAAUUCGUUAUGGCGUGCCGGGAUAUCGCGUUUCUGCCUCAAGGGCUAUUUUAACGUUUGGUUAUGGCACAAAUCGAUGCCCGGGUAGACAUAUAGCUUUAAUAGAAAUAAAACUGUGUGUGCUCAUCUUUCUACGGCAUUUUCGAUUAGAACUUAUCAACCCGGAUGAAAAACCACCACCGUUUGACAUGAGGCAUCUUGGUUUUGGAGUCAUGCCUCCAUUGAGUGAUGUUUUAGUAAAAAUAUCUCCGAAAGUGAAUUAGAAAAGAAAAUUGAAACUGCUUGAAGUGCAGCCGUACAGGGUUAACUUCGACUCGAAAAUGUUGACAGCGGCUUGCGCA